GACCAGAGGACUCUACAGACACACAGAGAGACGGACCAGAGGACUCUACAGAGAGACAGACCAGAGGACUCUACAGACACACAGAGAGACAGACCAGAGGACUCUACAGAGAGACAGACCAGAGGACUCUACAGACACACAGAGAGACAGACCAGAGGACUCUACAGACACACAGAGAGACAGACCAGAGGACUCUACAGACACACAGAGAGACAGACCAGAGGACUAUACAGACACACAGAGAGACAGACCAGAGGACUCUACAGACACACAGAGAGACAGACCAGAGGACUCUACAGACACACAGAGAGACAGACCAGAGGACUCUACAGACACACAGAGAGACGGACCAGAGGACUCUACAGAGAGACAGACCAGAGGACUCUACAGAGAGACAGACCAGAGGACUCUACAGAGAGACAGACCAGAGGACUCUACAGACACACAGAGAGACAGACCAGAGGACUCUACAGACACACAGAGAGACAGACCAGAGGACUCUACAGAGACACAGAGAGACAGACCAGAGGACUCUACAGAGACACAGAGAGACAGACCAGAGGACUCUACAGAGAGACAGAGAGACAGAACAGAGGACUCUACAGAGACACAGAAGGCUUCAGCCUACCAGACCAGGCCUCAGGAUGGACCAUGUUGUUAAGUUUGAAGGGAUUCCCAUGUCUAAGUCCAUGAGAGGGAUGUGUAAGGAGGAGGACUAUGCGUUCCUGGGAGAGAAGGGGAAAAGCCACAAGGAGACAGACACGCUGGGAGAAGACUGGAAGGAAGACAAAGUGGAGAGGGUGCGGCGGCGUCGGGAGCGAGUGCAGCAGGAGCAGGACAGAAUCCGAGACCAGGAGGAGAGUAGGAAGGAAAAGGAGCAGCUGUGGCGUCAACAUGUAGCAGAGUUGGCUUCCACUCAGGAACAAAGACUCAGAGAAAGACUGGCACGACUCCGUCGCUUCAGGGACUUCCAGAGGAGUGUGCUAGCAGAGGAGAUGUCCCUCCAGACAGACUCUGAGUCCAGCCAAGCCCUGGACCAGCUGCUUACCAGGAUCUAGACAACAUAGACCUGCAGGAAAGACCCAUUUCACAACCAGUUCACAGACUACCUGUCCCUUCUAAUCAGUAUAUAGAAUCUAUAGUCAUCUCUCUCCACUUGUCUGCUGUUCAGUCUACAGAGUGAUCUAGACUGUAUAGAUCUAUAGUCAUCUCUCUCCACUUGUCUGCUGUUCAGUCUACAGAGUGAUCUAGACUGUAUAGAUCUAUAGUCAUCUCUCUGUAUUAAUAAUAGGAGCUGUAUUAGUAAUAGGAGCUGUAUUAGUAAUAGUAGCUGUAGGAGCUGUAUUGGUAAUAGGAGCUGUAUUA